GUAUAACUAACAACCCACACUCACACAUGCCAUAUCUACUCUCUAAAUUAAUAGCCAACUGUUUAUCGUUUUCUUCUCUCUAAUCAAUACUGCAACUUCUGUAAUAACCCUAUUCUCCGAAGCAAUGGAUAGCAGCAGAAACAACAAUUAUGGACGCGGCCGUGGUCGUGGCCGUGGGAAUUACCAGAAUCAAGAGAGCGGCGGAAGAGGGCGGGGUUCUCAAAAUCACAGCCGGCCUCCAGUUCAGGGGAAUCAGCCCCAACAACCUCACCAUGCGUCCGGCUACAGACCGCCGCAGACGACGGCACCGCAACUGCCUCAUCAACCCGUCGUUGGCGUUGCUACUGCAAGACCCAACGCGUGGGUGCGGGGCCCACCUUCUCCUACUCCUCCCCCAUUUCAGGCGACGCAACAACCUCAACACCUCGGUGCUGCAAGACCAAACCCGUGGACUCAGAGGCCGUUGGGCCCAUCUCCUCCACGUCAUACGCCUCCGCAGCCAUCUGCUGUCGAUCUUGACAUUCAAAAGGUCAAGAUUUCAGAAGAGAAGCCCGUGUCAUCUUCAUCCGAAAACAAAGAUAAUCAGAUUCAGCCAAUCAAAAGGCCUGAUAAAGGUGGGAUGCUUUCCAUCAGGUCCAUCCCACUUCUUGCCAAUCAUUUUCCGGUCAAUUUCAAUCCACAGAACACCAUUUUCCAUUACGAUGUCGAUGUGAAGCCCAUGUCGUCAUCGCCUAACGACAGUAAGCUCACUAAGAAGAAACUCAGAAAAUCCGAAUUGCGUUUCAUCAAAGACCAGUUAUUUUCCGGUGAGGACCAAUUGAAGACAGCUUAUGAUGGCGAGAAGAGCAUCUUCAGUGCAGUUCCUUUGCGUGAAGGACAGUUUCAGGUGGAUAUUUCUCAAGGUGAAGAUGUAAGGAGCGGCUCGUAUACGUUCGUUAUCAAACUUGUGAACGAACUGAAGCUAUCGAAGCUGAGAGACUACCUUAGAGGAAACCUCUCUUAUGUUCCUCGUGAUAUAUUACAAGGGAUGGACUUGGUAAUGAAAGAGAAUCCUUCUAGAAAGAGAAUCACAGUCGGUCGAAGUUUUUUCUCUCCCGAAUUCCGGAGCCGUGACGACUUUCGUAACGGACUCGCUGCAUACAGAGGGUUGCAACAGAGUUUGAAGCCUACUUUGCAGGGUCUUGCUCUGUGUUUGGACUACUCUGUUUUAGCAUUUCGAAAGCCGUGGCCAGUGAUGGAGUUUCUCAAAGAGCAUUUUAAAGGGUUUCAAGUGCAAGAUGUAAAAAAGUCACGACGAGCUGUCAACGAUGCUUUGAGAGGGUUGAAAGUGACGGUUACACACCGUCGCACGAAGCAAAAGUAUACUGUUGCAGGGCUAAGUGAAGAGGACACCUGUGAUAUUUACUUUGAUCUUGUUGAUGUGGAAGGCAAGAACCCUCCUCAAAGAACUAGCCUUGUUAAGUAUUUCAAGGAAAAAUGGGGUAAGGAUAUUGUGUACCAGAAUAUACCUUGCUUGGAACUUGGCAAAGGUAGUAAGUCGAACAAAGUACCGAUGGAGUUCUGUGUGUUAGUCGAAGGGCAGAGGUACCCGAAGGAGAAUCUGGACAGAAACACGGCUGUGCUUUUGAAAAACAUAUCACUUGCGGAUCCUGGUGACAGAAGGGACACAAUAAAUGAGAUGGUGCGGAGUGAUGAUGGACCUUGCGGGGAUGUUGCUAGAAAUUUUGGAUUUCAGGUUGAUAGAAACAUGACAAAGGUUUCAGGCCGUGUUAUCGGUUCGCCCGAUUUGAAAUUAGGAGCUCCACGACCCGUCAAAGUGGACGCAGUAAAGUGUCAGUGGAACCUUCUCGGAAAAUCUUUUGUCGAUGCAAAACCAAUCGAGCGUUGGGCUCUAUUAGAUUUAACAGGUGGCGAUCGAUACAAGCUGCAAGAACACACUUUUAUCAGCAAUCUGAUUGGCCGGUGCAGAAGCCUCGGUAACCGCAUUGAGGAACCUGUUGUGUACCGUUUGGCUCGAAUGUCUGACCUGUCUUCCAUCAACAGAGUCGAAAAGCUUCUCAAAGGCAUUAUGGAAGAAUCGAACAAAAUCAGUGAAGGGAAGUUGCAGUUGAUUGUUUGUGUAAUGACCAAAAAGGACCCGGGCUACAAGAAUCUCAAGUGGGUUUCCGAGACAAAACUCGGUGUGGUGACUCAGUGUUGUCUUUCCGGUUCUGCCAGCAAACCGCAGGGGCAGGACCAGUAUUUUGCCAACCUCUGUCUGAAAAUCAAUGCUAAAUUAGGUGGCAAUAAUUUCGAAGUGGCGGGAAACUUUACCCAUUUCGAUGCGAGAGAUCAUGUGAUGUUUAUAGGAGCUGACGUGAACCAUCCUGCACCUAUGAACUCGUCUUGCCCCUCCAUAGCUGCAGUUGUGGCGACCGUUAACUGGCCAGCUGCAAAUAAAUAUGCAGCCAGAGUUAGCCCACAGAAACACCGCUGUGAAAAGAUCGAAAAUUUCGGAGCAAUGUGUUUGGAUUUGGUCAACACAUACGCCAAAUUUAAUAAAGUCAAGCCGAAGAGAAUCGUGGUGUUUCGUGAUGGUGUUAGUGAGGGGCAGUUCGAAAUGGUCCUAAGUCAGGAGCUGUUGGAUUUGAAGAACUCGAUUUAUGACGGUGAUUAUCAGCCGUCGAUCACUCUCGUUGUUGCUCAGAAGCGUCACCAGACGAGGCUUUUUAUCGAUAAUGGAAACAGCGGGGGUAGAAUCGGAAAUGUACCUCCUGGAACUGUUGUGGAUACGAGGAUUGUGCAUCCGUUCGAUUUUGACUUUUAUCUGUGCAGCCACUAUGGAGCUCUUGGAACGAGCAAGCCUACUCAUUACUAUGUGCUUUGGGAUGAGAAUUCGUUUACUUCUGACCAAUUGCAGAAGCUUAUAAACGACAUGUGCUACACAUUUGUUCGGUGCACUAAACCCGUUUCGCUUGUGCCACCUGUCUACUAUGCUGACCUGGUUGCUUACAGGGGAAGAAUGUUCCAAGAGGUUGCUAUGGAGAAUCAAUAUGAUUCGUCUAAUGCUGCGUUUGACCAGAGUUUCUACAGCCUGCACCCGGAUUUGGAGAACUUUAUGUUUUUCGUUUGAGUGGGGACCUCGACUUUGGCCAAGGUGUUAUGAUAAUACAGUGGCCAUUUUCGCAUGUUCAAUCUCCUUUUGCUAUGGAUAGUGAAGGAGUUUGUGCGUGAAUCUAAUGGGGUUUUGAUUCAUGUUUUUCUUCUUUCUUCGAAAACCUAACAUGAAUCGGCCUCCAUCAGUGUUUUAAUGCUUUUUUGUUGUUUGUUUCUACUGUGUGUUGUUUGUUUGUUUUUUUUUUUGUUGUUGUUUGUUUCUACUGUGUUGUGUUGUUUACUGUGUGAGUGUGGAUUUGUUUGUCAUUGUAUUUUCUAUUUCAGUCUGGAAUUUUGUGUGUUGAAUAAAAGGUGUGACCCUUUGUUUGAAUAUU